AUGUCGCUAAAAUCCUGGUUACAGGGCGACUCGCAAAAGUCGAGUUCGUUCAAACGUAAAUCUCCAGAAACAGAAAUUUCUGAUUCAAACUCUCCUGCAAAGAAAAAGAUAUUUACCAAGGAAUUACGGCAGUCAUCUUUCGAUUGGUAUGUUCAGGAUACGAACGGUCUGUGGCAUUGUAAAUUAUGCAGGGAAAAUAAGCACGAUAAUGCUUAUGCAAAGGGACACGAAGUACCCGCUAAAACAACAAAUCACAGUCGUCAUGCUAGUUCACAAAGCCACUUGAAUGCUGUCCAUAGGUCAACAAUGAAAACUCAAAAACCAAUGCAAAAGCUGUUAGAAGCAAAACUUCACAAAGAUGAUGAAAUUGCGCUAAAUCUCCUGAAAACAGCCUAUCAUAUAGCAAAACGAGAAUUACCGAAGGAUGAAAAGAGACACAUGGUAGACUAUGCUUCCCUUCUUGGUGUAGAGUUAUCAAAAAGUAACUGUAAUGUGCAAUACACUAGUUCCCAGAGUGUGUCAGAGUUCCAGGCAGCCCUGGCUGAGGUAAUAUUGGAUGAUAAAAUAAAGGCUAUACAGCAGUCUGAGGUGUAUUCUGUGACAUUAGAUGAAAGCACUGACAAUGGAAACUUGAAGAGAGUAAUAAUGUACGCACAGUGUGUAACAGAACAUGGGUUAGAAUAUUGUCUAUUGUCCAAUAAACAAAUCAGUGAGGGUUCAGCUAGUGCUAAGAACAUAGUAUCUAUGGUUGUAGAGGAACUCAAGUCAAAAGGGCUUGAUAUUACAAAACUAGUUGGCCUAGGGACAGAUGGUGCUAGUGUAAUGACAGGCCUGAAAGGUGGAGUAGUGAAAUUACUCAAAGAACAUUCCCCAACAUUAAUAGGUGUCCAUUGUGCAGCUCACAGAACAGCAUUGGCCACGUCACAGGCAGCCAAAUUAGUGCCACACAUGGAAAGCUACUCAAGAUCAAUUGCCAGUGUGUUUAGAUACUUCCAUAACUCAGCACUUCGAUCAAACCGUUUAAGAACAAUUCAGACACAGCUUAAUCUACCAUCAAUAAAGUUUGCGGAAGUACAUUCAGUGAGGUGGUUAAGUUUAGAUCAUACUGUUCAGGUUAUGUACCGUUCUUACCCAGCACUGUGUAUGGCACUAGAAAAGGGAGGCAAUCUAUGA